AUGUCGCGAAGGAGCGGUACCGGAAACAGCGCCGACAAGGACGGCAGCUCCCCGUCGGCUGCUGAGAACCCAGGCUUGGAAAAGCAGAAGAGGCUGCUCUCGGCCGAUGCUGGCCAUUUCUCGCUGAUCAAGGCCAUGCACCUUGCGGAUGUGAUUACGGAGCUCAACGGAUUUUGCGGUGUCAUGUCCGUCUUCUCCUCGAUGCGUUACUGCCUCGGUGAGCCGAACGAUUUCAGCAAUCUGUGGGCUGCUCUGGCCUUCAUGCCGUUCGGCCUGUUCUUCGACUUCAUGGAUGGCAAGGUUGCUAGGUGGAGGAAGAAGGCGUCGAUGAUGGGUCAGGAGCUUGACUCCCUGGCGGACCUGAUCUCGUUCGGCGUUGCGCCCGCCUGCUGCGCCAUGGCUAUUGGCCUUCGCACGCCCGUGGACCACGUGCUCCUGACUUUCUACGUCCUUUGCGGUCUCACUCGUCUCGCGCGGUUCAAUGUUACGACGCAGCUCGUGCCCAAGGACGCGACUGGCAAGGCAAAGUACUUUGAAGGCACGCCUAUCCCCACAUCGCUCGGUCUUGACAGCAUCAUGGCAUACUGGGUGUACAACGGCUGGGUUCUGGACGAUGUGCCGCUCGGCACGGCGCUGACUGGCACCCCCUUCGAGUUCCAUCCCGUUAUCGGCAUGUUCCUGCUGCACGGAUGUCUUAUGGUCAGCAAGACGCUGAGGGUGCCGAAGCCGUAA